CAAGAAGACAGAAGAAGAAAAGAUCAUCAAGACCGAUCUCGUAGACUUUUCUUUUCUUGUCUUCUGUCAAAAACCAGAAAGAAACUUUUCAAGCAGAAGAACCUCAUAGAUUCGUGAGCUUCAAGACGAUGGAGUCUUUGAAGAACAGAACAUUGCUUAAGGUCAUCGUCCUCGGAGAUAGCGGGGUUGGCAAAACUUCAUUGAUGAACCAAUACGUGUACAAGAAGUUUAACCGACAAUACAAGGCCACGAUCGGAGCAGAUUUUGUCACCAAGGAGCUUCAUAUUGAAGACAAAGCUGUCACUUUACAAAUAUGGGAUACGGCUGGACAAGAGAGAUUUCACAGCCUAGGAGCUGCGUUCUAUAGAGGUGCUGAUUGUUGCGUUCUUGUCUAUGACGUGAACAAUCUCAAAUCCUUCGAAACUCUCAAUAGUUGGCACAUGGAGUUCCUCAAGCAGGCAAAUCCUGUGGAACUUGAGAAAUUUCCAUUUGUUUUGAUUGGAAACAAAACCGAUAUAGAUGGUGGAAACACCCGAGUUAUUUCGAAUAAGAGAGCCAUCGAAUGGUGUGGUUCAAAGGGAAACAUACCGUACCAUGAAACCUCUGCAAAGGAAAAUAUCAAUGUGGAUGAAGCAUUUUUGGGUGUUGCACACAAGGCUCUCUCCAAUGAACAUAAACAAGAAUACAUAUAUUCCAGAGACUUGUCUGCAUCUGUUACAGACAUUCUUGAGGAGCCGUCAAGACCAGGCUGUUCUUGCUGAUUCAUAAUUAACAAAUCUGAUCAGUAAUAUCGAUUCAAUUCCAAGAUCUUCUGUUUUCAAUCUUUGUCUUUUUAUUUAAUUAUAUUAUGGUUUACACCAAAAAAUUAUAGCGGUUUAGUAACGAAAAAUAACUGGUACAUGCGACGACCUGAGUGUGUUUUGAUUCAUGUGUAGCAUUGUAUUUUAUUUAUAUGUUCAUGUUAUUAUCGAUACAUUCAUACAAUCAAUAUCAUUUGGAACAUUCGAU